CCUGCCCUCAGGCUGGUGCAAAAAUGAUUUAUCCCAGAAAUUACAAUGGGCUAAUAAUUUAAUGUGUUAGUGCUGUCCGAGAUAAGAUAAAUAGCAAUUGGAAGUGGGGAGUGUCUUAUUCAGCGCUCAACUCCAACAUUGAGGUACGGAAACUUUUGGUGAGAACGUCAAAAGACUGAGAUUUAGUAAGCCAGUCACAUUUUGCAGAGGCCUAAUGGCACAGAUCAAGAAAUUCUAUGCUUGGAUUGGCCCAAGUAACGGUUAUGCAGCUCUUAACUGGCAUGCUAGUCAACCAGCAAAGUAUGACUGGGUAGGACUCUACGCUAAUGAGCAGAAACAAGAGGAAGACUACCUGGGUUACCAAUGGGUUUCCAAUGGCUGCCCUUAUGUCACAAGUACCAUCAUCACUGAUGGACUCAACGCAAGAUACUUCACUUGGGUUGGAGAUUCAUCACAUUGCAGUCCCCAGGUAUCACUCGAUGAAGUCAACGAUCAGGGACAACUCGUAGUAACGCCCGCUUCACUAAUUGCUUCCGUUUCAGGUUAUUACAAGGAGCUAAUGCGCACGAGUGCCUUGAAUCUUCAAGCCGAAGUAAAUGCUGCAGGUGAAGGCCAGCUGCAACCUGGAUGCUGGGUAACUUGUUCUCCAAAGGGUUAUGCCGUUCUCAACUGGACGGCGGCCAAAUCUCAAGGUGACUCCGAUUGGGUUGCACUUUACCAAGACAUCAACAAGGGCAACGGUGAUUACAUCUCGCGUGCAUGGCAGUGGGCAAUUAAAAGCUCCCCUUACAUUACUUCACAGGCAUUCGUACCUGGCAUCCAUGCCAGGUAUAUCAAACAGGGUAGCCCUUAUGUUGCCCUAAGGCGCUCAAAACCAAUCGCUGCCAGCUAUUUUGACCUGGAAAACAUGUACGUUCCAACAGAAAUAGAACUCAUGGAAACCACCGACACUGACGUGAGUAAGAUCUUGAAAAUCAUGGCAGACCAGUUGCACAAGGCUGUGAAUGGAGAGCCUUCUGUCUUUUCUCCAGGCAUAUGGCCAUUUGGCGACAACUUGCUGUAUAAGAAUCUCUCCUAUCAAGAAGUCAAAGUCAUUGGCAAGUAUCUCCAACCAUCGCAGUACUAUGAUGUGAUCAUGGUUUAUUAUGAGACCUACAGGAUGGCAAUCCAGAUUGCUGAUGAUGGUGAGCGCAAUGCAAAACGCCACGCCUUUUGGCAGAUCUCCAUGAUGCAGAAAUUUGGGGAAAACUUCGCCAAAGAAAUCGGCAACGCCCACGAGAGGGGACGCCCUGGUACAAAGGAGGAUAACCGCGUGGAUGACCUCAACAAUGCAGCUGCUCUUCAGUACGCGAAGGAUCACCCUGGUGUCGAUCCUGCUACAGCUGCCAACCAGAUGUGGUCCAGUGGGCUGCUUGCCGACUACAACGACAAGGUAGCACCCGAGCACACAAGAGAUGAACUGUAACUUUUUCUACUAUGAAAAUGUAACAAUUGAAAACAAAAAAACACCUUCAUUUUCAAAUACGGAUUUGUUAACCGAGAUAACCAUGUUACCUUCGAGAUAACUUUAAAUUUGUAAACUCAAAAAGACUUGUUACUGUUAUUACUUAAUUUAAAGCGCCCAAGGCUAUCAGCGGAUCUAGUGCCAUAAAAAUGUUACAGUAUUGUUUUCGUUAAUAUUCUGAUAGACGCAUUUUAAUGUUAACCGUUGCCAGGAAAAAUGAAACAUAUGCAAGUAGAUUUAUAGCUCAAUAUGUAAGCCCUUGAGUUUGGUGAUUGUGUUUGUUGAACAGUCUUAAAAUGUAACGAGGCACCCAGUGAAA